AUGGCUGCUCAGACUUGUGCGCUGACCAGAGACUCAAAAGCCAAGUGGCAGCUGGGCCUUGACUUUGCUGCAAGUGCCAGAGGGGAAGCUCAGCUGGAAAAGCUUAGAGCUCUGCACAAAGAGCAUGCCAGGGCAGAGGCCAGAGUCUGCAACGCUAUGGCGUACAAUAGUGCUUCAGAUCGACGAUGGGAAUGGUCCAGGGCACAACAGGCCAGUGCAAUCUGGGCUGCAGCUGCCCUGGUGCGCCUUUACUGACAUUGGUCUCUUCUCUUGACUCCAACUAACCAGAUUCAGGACCUGCAUGCGCAGACCAGGCUCACUGGCCUGCAGCUUCCGGAUCUGCAAGACUUUCCACUGAGGGAGCACAAGACUAGACACCUGGCCUUGUCCUCUCAAAUGAUGAUGGAUUUUUUGGAGGAGCUGCAAGUGAAUGCUCCAGAGGCGGUGCAAGCAGCCGUGGGGAAGACCAACCAAUCAUGGGGCAGCGCUAUCGCUGUUGCACGGCAGGUGGGGUCGCUUGCAGAGACGCCAGAGCAGCCUUCAGGAUGGGCAAAGAGGAGCCGCAGGGGGCAUAGAGGAUCUCUGUGGGUCUCAGACAACAGUCCAAGGCUGGUGGACCGCAUCCAGUCAGCUGGGCCAAGCAGCGCAGGAAGUGAGUGCUGGGUCUGCCUCCAAAUUCAGUGUCACAAGCAGAAUGCUGAUUGUGCUUGCUUACUUGUAUUCACAGACACCUUUGGUUAA